CAAGAGGAGGGGCAGACAAUUUUGAGUUGGAGUACCACUCAGAGACAAUUCAUUUCUGCCUUCCGUCUUACAGCCUCUCACACCCAAGGGAUCCAGGAUUGGAAAGGCCGACUUCUCCCACCUUGUUCUUGGGUCAGCUUUCUCCUCCUGCAUCGCUGCAUGGCACAGACACAGACAUGAGCAAUCAGGAAGUGACUUAUUCCUCCUUGAGAUUUCUUCAGGCUCCUUCAGAGUCACAAAAUAGUGUAAGGCCUCGCAGUACUCAAAGACCUGGGAAAACUGAUGACAAAGAGACUUCAGUGCCCUGGCAUCUCUUGGUAGUGACUCUUGGGAUCCUCUGUUUACUUCUUUUGGUGGCAGUCACAGUGUUGGGAACAAUGAUUUUUCGGUGUAUUCGAGAGAAACAACAGGAGGAAAGUAGACAAAACCUCAGUCAAAAGUACAACAUUAUGCAAAAGGAGAACUACUUAAAGGAGCAACUUUUGACAAAUAAGACUUUAGAAUAUGGCAUUCUCAAAAAUCAAACUCUUCAACAGAAGAAGGAAAUAGCUUCACUCUUUAAAGAAAAGAUGAGAUGUCAUCGAAAACAGGGGAUCUUGUCAAGGUCUUUGCAAAAUACAGGCAAACUCUAUGACAACCGCUGGUCCUGUUGUGGAGUAAACUGUUAUUAUUUUACAACUGAAAAUAAAGACUGGAGGGGAUGUAAACAGACUUGCGAAAGUUACAAUUUAUCUCUUUUGAAGAUAGAUGAUGAAGAUGAACUGGCAUUUGUUCAACCCCAGACUUAUAGAGAUAGCUACUGGAUUGGAUUAUCAUACAGUGCAACGGAAAGUAAGUGGAAAUGGAUUGACAAUGGCACAUUUUCUGGAACUAAUUUGAAAAUAAUCAGUUUGCAUUCCGGGAUUAAAGGAUGUGCAUUUUUAACCGCAACAAAAAUAACAGCUAUUGAUUGUGAUAAUGAAUAUAAAUGUAUCUGUGAGAAGAGAAUUGAUAGUGUUUUCACUGCCUGCUUCAAUUGACACAGAAGAAAAGGAGGAUUUAUUCCAUUGUGGAAAAACAGAUGAGUUGGAAGAGGAAGAAAAUGCUCUUUUGGUCUAUUAUAUAAGAGCUUGGAGGCUGUCCGUCUUAUUGGGGAGGAGGAGAAGAUUUUGUCUUUGGAAAUCAGUUGCCCUUCUCUUUAAUGGCCCUGAGAAAUUCUCUCCUCUUUCCCUGAACCACCCACAGAGCCAAUGAGAGAACUCUGGUAAAGAGCCUGGGUCUUUGCCUUAUGGAUAGGAUAAAUCAUUUCCAUACCCUCUGGAUUUGAGAGAUAGCACAAUUAAGGACAAAAAAAUAGUUUUCCUGCCCUGUCCCCUGUCAUUAAAUUUUUUUUUAAAUUUUUUUAUAUUUUCAAACUUAUUGACGGGUUGAAAGAAUAGUACAAGGAACUCUCAUAUAAUCUUUACCCAUAAUUACCAUUUGUUUAUAUAUAAUUCUAGCUGUGCUCUCCAGUUCUCUGUCUUUCUCCUUGCUGAUUCAUUUGAUAAUAAAUUGGGGAGAUUAUGUCCCUUGGUCUAAAUAUUUACAAGAACACGGAGUUUAUCUUGUAAACCAUAGUACAGUUAUCAAAAUCAGGAAAUUUAGCAUUUCUACAGUGCUAUAAUUUUAUCUAUAAUCUUUUCAAAUUUCGUCAACUGUUCCAACAAUGUCAUUUAUAGGUGUUUCUCCGCCAUGUACAGGAUCAUGCAAUACAUUUACUCGUGAUGUCACUGUAGUCUCCUUUAAUCUGGGACGGUUCUUCAGGAUUUCUUUGUCUUUCUUGACUGUAACAUUUUAAAAAUCAACUUUACUGAGUUAUACUUUCAGGCAAUAAAACACAUCUAUUUUAAAUCCUGAGAUCAAUGGGUUUUUAACAAAUGUAUACACCUCUUAAGUACCAGCAGAUCAAGACAUAGAACGUUUUCAUCACCUCCAAAAUUCUUUUCUGUACCUUCCCACCCACCUCACCCCAGGCAACCAGUGAUAAGUUUUCUGUGUCUAUACCUUAGUUUUGCCUAGCCUAGAAUUUCAUACAACAUGUGCUCUUUUGUAUCUGGCUUCUUUUUCUCGGCAUGUUUUUGAAAUUAAUUCAAGCCCUUUCAUGUAUCAUUAGUUCAUUCUUUUUGUUACUGAGUAGUAUUCCAUUGUAUGGAUAUACCACAAUUUGUUCAUCCACCUACGGAUAUUUGACGUGUUUCUAAUUUGGGGCUAUUAUGAAUAAAACUACCAUGAGCAUUUAUGUGCAA